UGUGCGGAGCUCCGGGACAUCCGGAUCCCGAGCUACCUACCUGCAGCCGCUGCCCACGAUCGGGCCGCCACCAUGGAGCUUCUGCUGGGCUUGGUGCUCCUGUGUGGGGUCGCGGAUUUCACCAGAGGCUUGAGUAUCACCACUCCUGAACAGACGAUUGAAAAAGCUAAGGGGGAAACAGCCUAUCUGCCCUGCAAGUUCACCCUCAGCCAGGAAGACCAGGGGCCACUGGACAUUGAAUGGCUGCUAUCUCCAUCCGAUAAUCAGCAGGUGGAUCAAGUGAUUAUUUUAUACUCUGGAGACAAAAUUUAUGAUGACUACUAUCAAGAUCUGAAAGGUCGAGUACAUUUCACAAGUAGUGAUCUCAAAUCUGGUGAUGCAUCAAUAAACAUAACAAACUUGCAACUAUCAGAUAUCGGCACCUAUCAGUGCAAAGUGAAGAAAGCUCCUGGUGUUGCAAAUAAGAAAGUUCUGCUGACUGUUCUCGUUAAGCCUUCAGGUACAAGAUGUUUUGUUGAUGGAUCAGAAGAAAUUGGAAAUGAUUUCAAGCUAAAAUGUGAACCAAAAGAAGGUUCACUUCCCUUGCGAUACGAAUGGCAAAAAUUGUCUGAUUCCCAGAAAAUGCCCACUCCAUGGCUAGCAGAAAUGACUUCACCUGUUAUAUCUGUCAAAAAUGCUACUUCUGAGUACUCUGGGACAUACAGCUGCACAGUCCAGAACAGAGUGGGCUCUGAUCAGUGUCUGCUUCGCCUUGAUGUUGUUCCUCCGACGAAUCGAGCUGGAACGAUUGCAGGAGCGGUCAUAGGAACUUUGCUUGCCCUUCUACUUAUCAGUAUUAUCAUCUUCUGCUGCCACAAAAAGCGCAGAGAAGAAAAAUAUGAAAAGGAAGUUCAUCAUGAUAUAAGGGAAGAUGUGCCCCCUCCCAAGAGCCGGACGUCCACUGCCAGAAGCUAUAUUGGAAGCAAUCAUUCAUCGCUGGGAUCUAUGUCUCCUUCUAACAUGGAAGGCUAUUCCAAGACUCCCUAUAACCAAGUACCAAGCGAAGACUUUGACCGUGCUCCUCAGAGUCCUACUCUUGCUCCUGCCAAGGUAGCUGUCCCUAAUCUAAGUCGAAUGGGAGCCAUUCCAGUGAUGAUUCCAGCACAGAGCAAGGAUGGGUCUAUCGUAUAGAGCCCCUGUACUUCUUUGUGGUUUUUGGUUUGUUUUUUUUUUUACUCUGUGUUUUUUUUAUUCUCUUGUUACAGGAUCCUAUUCACUCUAAAUUUUGUCAACAGCCUCAAAAUAUCUCGGAAAAAAGCAUUUAACAAACAGAAAUGUUCACAAAAUUUUGUUUGGUUCUAUUGGGAAAAAAAUAAGAGCAUUAUAUAGAUUGUAAAGAAAGUCACCAUCUGGGGAAAAAGAUAGAUUUUCUUAGAGGUUGAUUAUAAAGGUAUCAGAAUAUGAGUCCUGAAGUAAAAGAUGUAGCACUUUGAAUAAUAGGUGAUGCUGAAGGCAUUUUAGGAGGUCUGUCUCAUUUAUUUAUGACCCAAUGGUGUUCCCCAAAUUAGUUAAAAUUAGUUAAAAAUCUCUGGGAUAUCAACUUUGUUAUGUUUGUACUUAUUUCUGAAUAUUCUUUGAAAACUCUAAAUGUACUUGGAGUAUCUCUAAUAGUACAAGAUACUACAGUGUUUUAGAAAGGACUAGUUUUACUUCCAAAUCAUUCAUAAAAAUUUGAGACAGGGUCUUGUUAUGUAGUCCAGGGUAGCCUCUCAAUUUUCCUCAAUUUCCCAAAUGUUGGGAUUACAGCUGUGCACUAUCAUUCUUGGCUCAGAAAUGAUUUCUUAAUCAUUUAAUUAACUGAAAAGGCAAAAAGGACAUAGUAACCUGGUUUAUACAUUACAGUAAAGGAAUACCUGUCACACACAUAUCAGUGACACCUUCAGAGCAACAGUGAGGAUAGGAUCAUUAAUGCAUGGGUGGUCCGUGGCGUCCAGGCCUGUCGUGGCCUGC